UUUUUGAGGUGCUUAAUUAUUUUAAUGUUUAAUUACAGAUAUGUAAUUGAAUGUAUCAACUGUGGUAUUAUCUAUCGAAGUCGUGAGUACUGGUUUGGAAACAAGGACCCUUGGGAAACAGUUGUUCGUACUGACAUAAAACAUAUUUGGCAAGGAGAACCAACUCAUCUCCAGAGCACUCAAAAUGCUGCUCAGAGAGUUAUAGACAGUGUCCAGUAUCUUUCUGAAACUGUAAGUGCUAUGAGUGUGAAGCCAACGAGAGUUUUAAGUAGUUGGGUUGCUGAUCAGUUGGCUCCAAGUUAUUGGAUUCCUAAUUCUGAAGUAACACAUUGUGGUCAGUGUAAAAUAGAAUUUGAUGAAUUGGACAUGAAACACCAUUGUCGAGCCUGUGGCUAUGCUUUUUGUGAGGACUGUUCAUCUAAAACAAGACCCGUACCAGGACGAGGUUGGGGCAGUACUCCUGUUCGAGUUUGUGAUCAGUGUUAUGAUAAAAGUGAAGAACUUGAGUCUCCAACACCCAAUCUUGACAAAGCCAGUACAGAAGUCACAGCUCGGAAAGUUGGUGAAGCUCUUCAGAAUACUCUAGGAACAGUAAUGUCAGUGUUUGAUUACCCAAUUGGUUUCAUUAAGGACACUGCUAGGCCAACGUACUGGGUACCAGACCACUUGAUUACUUGUUGCUGUGUUUGUAAAGAGCCUUUCAACUCUAAGACACCACUCCACCACUGUAGAGCCUGUGGGCAAGGUGUUUGUGACCACUGUUCUCCAGGGCGACAGCCUGUACCCACUCAAGGUUGGGAUCACCCAGUCCGAGUUUGUACUACAUGCGAGGGCAGGAAAAAUCUAUGAUUUGUCAUCACAAAGUACUUAUUUGUAUGAAAACUUCAAAAUAACUUUUGUUAAGAAUUUCUAAAGUAUUUUUAUUAAAGUAGUUUUUAGCUUCGUACAAUUUAUAUUCAGAAAAACCAGUAUGUCCUAAAACUUGUAGUGAUAUACAGUGUUACCAGUCUGGUGAAGUGUAUUAUUAUAGCUUAUAGUGGAAUUUGAUACCAGUUUAAUAAUUUGUAAUAUUAUUAUGUUGGGAAUAUUUUCUUUUAAAACAGUUAAGAUUUAGCCUGGAAAAUAAAACACAUUGGUUUAACAUAGCAAUGAUAAGCUAUUUCACAAUAUUUUAUUCAUUACGUGUAUAUUUUUUUGGGGAAGGAGUUUCAGCUCAACCUUCACUUUUUAUAUAAUAUAAGACAGAGAAACUUUUUUCUGUGUUUGUAAAAAACAAGUUUAGAAUUUCUGUUAAAUUGCAAUUAUUUUAUUUAUGUUUACUCUUUUUGGGAAUGAAUUUUCAGUUCUGCCUUCAAUUUGUAUAUAAGACAAAGAAAUUGUUUUCCUGCGUGUGUAUUAAAACUAAUUUAGAAUUUGUGUUAAAAUCUUUUUUUAGCACAACCAAAAAGGUAUCAUGCAAAUGAGAAAAUUCAGAGAUUUAUUUCUAAUUCCUGUUUUGUUUUAAUGUUUGGCAAUCCAGUGUUGUUUUCAUAUUUUGAUGUAGUGAAGAAUGAAAUAAAGAAUGGGUUAGUGUGUUGAAAAAAUAACAAAAAUUAUGACAUGCAGUUUUUAAAAAUGGUGCAUGUAGAUUAAAUCUGUUCACUUACUUUUCUACACUUUAAAAGAAUGCUAAUAAACCAAGUUACGUUUCAUUUUGUAUACAGAAUUAGCACACUGAUAACAGUAUCGCUUUCUGUAACAGGUACAACUUCUAGUCAUCUGGUGAUGCAAAAUUUCAGUAGAAACUGGGAAUUACCAAUUCCUGCAGUUUUCAUUCCCCACAAGUGAACAAUGUACAAAGUAUAACAGUGUCCUCAUAACACUGACUAAUUUCCAUUCUGUUACUGGUUCCAUACAUGAACUCAGUAUGUACAAUGUAGAGACCACAGCAGCCUACAAUGAGCAGCACUGGGAUACUUGGGUCUGAUUUUCCCUUCCCUCAAUAAAGUAGCAUAAACUUUUCCAGUUUUUGCUUUGUCUGUCUAUAGAAACUUGCAAGGUGUUUGCAAAAAUUAGCUUAGUAAUCCCAGCAUUGAAUUUGCCGAGAGAUCAUCAGUAUUUUUUGUGAUCUAGAAAUACUGAACCAAAAGUACCAGCUGAUAUGUUUCUUCUUAUUUUUAUCCCAAAAUGUUGCAACAAGUUCAUGUGUUCUUCUUGAAAUAUCCUAUUGAAGAAUUUAUCAAAUGAUACAAUAGGUUUGUCUUCUAACUCUACCCUUUUUAAAGUUCCUUAUAUUAACCCUUUUACCAUGAAUAGGUCAAAGUGCACAUGUCAUGCCCUUUUAGAGAGUUACAUUAAAAAUUUAUUUAACCUUUUAUCAUUUGUUGAAGGUUUUUUUUCCAUAACUAUAAUUUGAGUAAAUGUGUGGGUGGAGUUGAUGUCUAUCAUGUGUAAAUAUACUGGUGGAGAUGUUAAAGGGUUAAACUACUUUGUUGUCAAUGUAUACAAGUAAACUUGGCAUCGAAACAUAGUUAGUAAAUCAAGUUUUAAUAUUAUAUAAGCUUUUAGUACUUAAUUUUUAUUAAGAAAUAUUU